GGUAGUGACGGGUUUUUAUUGUUUGAGUAUUCGUAUUGUCUACAUUUGUGCCUAGAAUUGUAUCAGAUUACACGUACUUUAUUGAACAAACUAAGGAAAGUCAAACUAAAUCAAUAUUAUGAAAACACUUUUGCGUAUUGGCGUGACAAUAAAACUGUUUGAUUAUUUUAACUAAAGUGCUAAUAAAGCGAGCCAAAAAUGGAAUUUGAGACGGUAUUAAACAGUGAAUUGGGGCAGUUUGGAAAGUACCAAUUGAUAAAUAUUAUAUUGUUAACUCUACCAGCAGCAGCUUCUGGAUUUAUGGCUGGCGAUUAUGUGUUUACAGCAGUCAUGCCAUGUGGAAAGCGGAAGUUAGUUAAGAAUUGGGAUAAGCCAAGAGUCAUUCCGGUGAUCAAGCCGUCACAGUAUGAACAAAAUGAAGCUUCAGUAAAAGUUCACUGGAAGAAUGUCAUUAAAACACUGGAGUUGUCCUACAAAGACGAAGCGUUUUGGGCAUCACAAAGUGACGUGGUCCGUGAACUCGUAGGGCCGAAAAUAUUCAAAAGGAUAGUCAAAAUAUUUGAUUUGCCAGAUGAAAAACAAUACCAGCCUCGUUCAGAGAAUACUUCUCCGGAUCCUUCAGAACUGUACUACCAAACAACGUCAUACGCUCCUGCGGGACCCAUGCGAGCAGCAUUCUCAGAAAGCGAUUUUGAUCCAGCAAUUUAUGAGGAAAUGGGAGAAGAAGAUGAGCCCGGAGUAGAGCAAUCGGAACUUUGGACCAUAACGUCAGAAUCUACAGAUGUGAGAAGACCUUCCAGAUCAAAAUCCAUAAUAAGAGCAAAGUCACUCAGUACCUCUAAAUCGAUGUCUAAAUCUUUCUCCAAAUCUAUGUCCAAAUCGUUCUCAAAGUUUAGCAAGACACAAAUGAAAUCAGCCUCUAGGUUAUCAAAGAUUAUGAAAACUGGACUAGAAUCAAGCAUCGGUGAACCAGCUACAACUCUAGAUGAUUUAGAAGUACAUGUCAGCGCUGAAAAAAUUAAGCAAGCCAUGAGGCCAAGGUUUCAGUUAAAAGUAAAAAAUCCCCACUUCGAUAUGCUUUAUUGCAACAAAUCUGAAACGGACAUGAUAAAAUGGAAAUCUAAAUACAAGCAGAAAACAUUCGAAGUUUCUGCAUCAGACGAAUUUAGCAAGAAGGCUGAAAUAAUGACUAAGAAGAUUGCUAAAGAAUUUUAUGAAUGGUGGACUGGUCUAGGAAAUGAAGAAUUUAAGAGCGAAAUUAAACGACCUGAAGAUAUCGAAGAUUUGUUCCAAUUAUGGUUUGAUGAGCACGCAUCGCGAGGUCUAGUUCUUGAUCCCAAGAUUCUUCCUUGUGUACUAAAAAGUAUUGCAGAUUAUGUUGGUGUUAAAAAGGCUUCUUGUCCAAGAGUUCUUAAGCGUCAAAUCGAAUAUGACAUUCACGCGGAGACCAGUCCUGCACAUACAAUGGCAUUUGGCACAUGUGUACCGCAAAAAAUGAAACACGUACCACCGAAUAACAACACUAAGAGCGUUUGGCAUUGUGUUAAGAUACCAGACGACUUGCGCACAAUGGCUUGUGUAUGGGAUGAUAUACAGCAUUUAACGUCAACAAAAGCGUUCCAUGCAUGGCUGCAAAAACGGCCACAUUUCCCGAUGCCACCUUUCCUAAAAUCACUCGAACAGCCCGGAGAGAAGAAACAGCCAUUCGUUGUGCCAUCGGAUUACGUUUUAAAAGAAAAGGCGUCCCUCGCCUCUGUACAAGACUUGGCUUUACCUAUCUCAAAAUUCUCUUUAGAACUGAAAGAAGUUUUGAGUAAACUUCUAAAUGAUUAAUUCGCAGCGAUUUUA